AUGAUGGUGCAUUGUGCGGGCUGCGAGAGGCCGAUUUUGGACCGGUUCCUACUGAACGUCUUGGACAGGGCAUGGCACAUCAAAUGCGUCCAGUGCUGCGAGUGCAAGUGCAACCUGACCGAGAAAUGCUUCUCCAGGGAAGGGAAACUCUACUGCAAAAAUGACUUUUUCAGGAGGUUUGGUACCAAAUGCGCAGGCUGCUCCCAAGGGAUCUCUCCCAGCGACCUCGUCCGGAAAGCCCGGAAUAAAGUCUUUCACCUGAACUGUUUCACCUGCAUGGUCUGCAACAAGCAGCUCUCCACGGGCGAGGAACUCUAUAUCAUCGACGAAAACAAAUUUGUUUGCAAAGAGGAUUAUUUGAACUCUCCCAGUUUGAAGGAAGGCAGCCUCAACUCAGUGUCCUCAUGUACAGACAGGAGUUUGUCCCCGGAUCUCCAGGACCCCAUGCAGGACGACACCAAGGAAACGGACAACUCCACCUCCUCGGACAAGGAGACCACCAACAACGAGAACGAGGAGCAGAACUCGGGCACCAAGCGGAGGGGUCCCCGCACCACCAUUAAAGCCAAACAGCUGGAGACCCUCAAAGCUGCCUUCGCCGCCACCCCCAAACCCACCCGCCACAUCCGGGAGCAGCUGGCCCAGGAGACCGGCCUCAACAUGAGAGUCAUCCAGGUGUGGUUCCAGAACCGUCGGUCGAAGGAGCGGCGGAUGAAGCAGCUGAGCGCGCUGGGCGCCCGCCGGCACGCGUUCUUCCGCAGCCCCCGCAGGAUGCGGCCCCUCGGCGGCCGCCUCGACGAGUCCGAGAUGCUCGGCUCCACGCCCUACACGUACUACGGAGAUUACCAAGGUGACUACUACGGGCCGGGAGGCAAUUAUGACUUUUUCCCCCACGGGCCGCCCUCCCAAGCCCAGUCCCCGGCCGACUCCAGCUACCUUCAGAACUCAGGACCCGGCUCCACACCCCUGGGACCCUUGGAGCCCCCCCUAAGCGGACACCACUCCUCAGAAAACCAAAGGUACACGGAUAUGAUCUCGCACCCCGACACCCCGAGCCCCGAGCCGGGGAUGACGGGCUCUCUGCACCCCAUCCCGGGGGAGGUUUUCAGCGGGGGGCCCAGCCCUCCCUUCUCCAUGUCCAGCAAUAGCGGCUACAGCGGGGCUCUGUCGCACCCCAACCCGGAGCUCAGCGAGGCGGCGGUGUGGUAG